GCGCAUGCGCAGUGCUUACGCUCUGGAUGCUGCUCAAUAUAGAAAAGCAAGCUGCCUGUUCGCCAAAGUAACGAUUUAAAGGAGAAGAAAUGUCUCGAAAUAGUGCAUCAGAUAUGCAAGAUGAAAUAAGGAUUGCCAGCCAAAUGACAAAAUGUGCGGACGCCGAUGCUUCUCCGCGCUCCGAUCGUUUCAUCUUCGGUCCAAAAUGCCACUUGCUUAACUGACAUACGAGGAUAGAGACAUAAACAGUCAUUGAUAAAGGGAUACAAAGCAAAUCUACAAAUAUGAACGUUACGUUGCUUAAAAAGCGAAGGCUGGACUGUGUGUAUGCGGUGCUGUUUUGGCUCCAUCACGGUGUGUGGAUGUGCUGUUCCGCGGCCGAAGAGUAUCAUUUUAGCGUUGAGGCGUGGUUACAGAGGUAUGGCUACCUCCACCAUACACAACCUAACAUGGCCGUCCUGCGAUCAGCGCAAACCAUGCAUUCUGCUAUUGCUGCCAUGCAGCACAAGUAUGGACUAAACAUCACAGGGACCCUAAACAAGGACACUGUAGACUGGAUGAAGAAACCCAGAUGUGGGGUGCCAGACAAGCUUGAGGGUGUAUCUGGAUCCCGCAGGAAGAAGCGUUAUGCACUAACUGGACAGAAGUGGCAACGCACACACAUCACAUACAGCAUUAAAAAUGUGACUCCCAAAGUGGGAGCACGAGAAACACAUGAGGCCAUUCGCCGGGCGUUUGACGUAUGGCAAGGCGUCACACCGCUACGCUUUGAGGCCGUGCCCUACAGCGCUCUGGAGAGCGGCAAACGCGACGUCGACAUCACCAUCAUCUUUGCCUCUGGUUUCCAUGGUGACAGCUCUCCUUUUGAUGGAGAAGGAGGCUUCCUGGCACAUGCUUAUUUCCCAGGGCCGGGCAUAGGGGGCGACACACACUUUGACUCAGAUGAACCCUGGACACUGGGCAACCCAAACCAUGAUGGUGAGAGAACGGCAGGUAAUGACCUGUUCCUUGUGGCGGUCCAUGAGCUUGGUCAUGCUUUGGGAUUGGAACAUUCGAAUGAUCCUACGGCUAUAAUGGCUCCAUUCUAUCAAUAUAUGGACACUGAGAGCUUCAAACUGCCUCAUGAUGAUCUCCAGGGCAUCCAGAAAAUAUAUGGUCCUCCAGACAAAAACCCUCAGCCAACACGAUUGCUCACGACGGCUACGCCUCCUCGCCUGCACCCACCGACUGACCCUCGAAAGCAGGACCGCCAGGGUCGCCCUCAUCGCCCUCCGCAGAAGUCCAAACCUGCCCACCCCAACUCCAAACCCAACAUCUGCGACGGAGGAUUCAACACUCUGGCAAUCCUACGACAGGAGCUGUUCGUCUUCAAGGAUCAGUGGUUCUGGAGGGUGCGAGAUAAUUCUGUGGUGCCUGGAUACCCAAUGCAAAUAAGCUACUUCUGGAGAGGUCUGCCUCCCAAGAUCGAUGCUGUCUACGAAAACAGCGAGGGGAGAUUUGUCUUCUUCAAAGGCAACCGGUUCUGGGUGUUUAAGGAUACAACUCUGCAGCCCACAUAUCCUCAGAACAUUUCUCUUUUUGGGAAUGGAAUGCCUACGCAGAGCAUUGAAACCGCUGUUUGGUGGGAAGAUGUGGCCAAAACCUACUUUUUCAAAGGCGAUAGGUAUUGGAGGUACAAUGAGGACAUGAGGACCAUGGACCCUGGAUAUCCAAAACCUAUUACUGUGUGGAAAGGCAUCCCAGACUCUCCACAGGGAGCCUUUGUGGACAAAGCCAAUGGAUUCACAUACUUCUACAAGGGGAAGGAGUAUUGGAAGUUCAACAACCAGCGGCUGAGAGUGGAGCAAGGCUACCCAAGGUCUAUCCUGCGGGAUUUUAUGGGCUGCGACGGUUACACCACCGACCCCGACUGGGACUGGAGCUCCCCACAAGAAGAGGAACCGCCGCAGUAUGACCACGACGAUGACGUUGAUAUCGUGCUGAAGCUGGAGAGCAGCGGUGGAGCAGAGAAAGCGGUGGCCAUUGCCAUUCCCUGCGUCCUGGCCCUGUGCAUGAUGGUGUUGCUUUACACCGUGUUCCGCUUCAAGAGGAAGGACACGCAGCGCCACAUACUGUACUGCAAGAGAUCCAUGCAGGAGUGGGUCUGAGAAGUUGAGGUCCCACUCCCACUGAUAAAACUAUUUCCGUCUUAAAAAUCCCCUCAAAGGUCAAAGUAAUUGACAGAAGUGAAAGACGGCAUAAAUGGACAGCAUGCCAGCUUCCUUCUAGUCAGCCUUUGAAGGUGGCAAUGUCUUGUUUUUGUAUGGUUUUGGGCGGCCAUUUUGGUUCCCAGAGUCCUGUUUCCGGAGUGAACUCUUACUCUACAAACCAUAAUUAUCAACUUUUCAAUUGACUCAAGAAUUAUUUAUCUUCAGACUGCUGAACUCGAUACUCCAUGUAACAUGCGAACUCACCUGUCACUCCGAAAUACUUGCUUGUGUUGAAAAAACCCAAACCAAAUAUGCCCUUAGUGUCCAAAGAGGAUUGCUUCAUUCACAUGGGAUAUCCUAAGAUGACUGGAUUAUCGAUCAUUAUUUGAGUUCCAUUCAGCUGCGUUCAUCUGCAGAAUAUAUGGGAUCUGUUUGCUUGGAAAUCAGAAAGGGCCUUGACAUAUAACAUUGGGGCUACAUGCAAUAUUUCGUCGAAUGCCUUAAUCACAUAUUGAGUUUAUUUUUCUGUAUGUCGGUGUACAUGUGCCUGUGUGAAUGCGACCCCUUUUUAUUACUACAUUUGUUCGUCACUGUUCUUUUUACGCUCUGCUGACCAAUGGGAACUUGCAGUACGAUUUAAAGUGCCGCUGACUGUUGAAAAGUUUCAUUGAAAACGAGUGUAUGGCUGCCGUCCAUGUUCUGUCCACACUUCAAACCACAGCAUAGAAAAUUUAACUUUUGGGUGAGUCCUUCCAAUCAAAUCGAAGAGAAUUUAUUAAGUAAAAGGAUUGCGUUUAGCAGAAAGUCCUAAUGAACCUUCCUGAUGCUCUUAAGAAUCAAUAGAUUAUAAGUAAAAACCACUGAAAUGAGCUAUAUUUGCACUUCCUGAAGAAAAUACUUGUGCUUGCAAGGCAGCAAGAGUGGGUAAGUUUAGCUUUGGUUCAUCAUCAGAGCCACUUACUGUAUGAAUCUUCCGUCUUCGAAAAACAACCUGUAAUGUAAGAUUGUCUUCGCAGUGUAAAGUCCACUUCGGUUUAGACGCGAGCACUUAGCAUAUGCGCGCAGUUGAUCGUGUAGCUUCCAUUUUAUAGCAAGGUGGUUCGACACAGACUGACUCGAAGCUUUGAUCUUUUGUUGUGUCUGUGCUAUUUCUUAACAGAAGUUAUUGAUUGAUUACAUUUCUUUGAAUCUCUUUAUUCACUCACACAUGUGCUUUGUUUUCGUGGUUUCUAGUGGUUUGUUGCUGUUGUUGUUUUUCCUCAUCUGAUUCUUUUUCAGACAGCGUCGGCACCUUCUAAUUAGGGCAAAAUAAUUGGUAAAAAAAGUACGAGAUGAGCGUACAGAGUACACGUAGUUAGAAAAAUAGGGCAGCAUGUGUACAGCAGUGUUGAGGGUAACACAUUUACAAGUAACGUGAGUUACAUCAACAGAUAACAUAUAAAGUAACAUAUUACUUUCAAAUUUACAACAAAAAUAAGACAAUUUUCAAAUAAGUAACGCAAGUUACUUUUUAGUUACACUUUUUUUGUGCCGUAGUUACAUUGUAGACUACUUACUCAAAUAAGUACUGAGUAAUAUUAAUGAACGUACUAACCAUAGAGUUAUGUUUAGGGUUUGGUUUAGGGUUAGUUACUUGUAAUUAUGAAUAAUGUUAUUACUAUACAAAGUAUAUGUAGUAACGUGUAACUACGUCACCUGAAAAUAAAGUAUUACCAUUUUUUUUCCCCUAUUUAUUGAAUGCAUCCUUCCCCAAUCCAGAAUGGCAGCACAGAUGAAAGGUUUGUUUGAGCUGCGCCCUCUACUGUACAGGAGUGAAUUUCACUUUUGACAAAAAAUGUAACUUGCAAGCCCUGCACAGGUGAGACGCAGUAAUGCAAAAGUAGUGUAACAUUACUUCCCAUUAAAAGUUACUAAGUAACGCAAUUAGUUACUUUUUUGGAAGAAAAACACUAUUGUAACACAUUACUUUCCCCAACACUGGCGUACAGUAUGCAAAAUGAUGCCAAGAAUAGCCAAUCAGGAUGCAGGAUGCCUAUUAAUCCCGAAAACAGACCAAUCCAUUUAUCAUUAUUAUUAAUACACAAAUCAGUUUGUUUUGUGAUAAUAAAUGGCUGACUGUACAUUAUUCCACAUUAUUUUUUUUCCGGCUAAAAUAAAUAAAACUUUUAAAUUAAAUAAAUACAAUACGUGGACAGAAAAAAAAUAUUAUUUUGAGUUGAAAUUAAUGUAUGUUUAUAUUAUCAUGUAGCUUCUGCUAAGAAAACAUAGUCCUUUACAGAUUUACCAUGCUGUGAUUUACCAAUCAGAAAAGAAGAAUAAAAUGAGAAGUUAUCUAUUUGUGUGAAGUUAAUUAUUACUGUGCUGCCUUGCAAACACCCAAUGUUUAUCUGGUAAAGUCCACGCUUGAGUGUCAUAAAAUGCUGUUUUCAGGCAUGGGUUUGGGUAAAAUAGCAUUUGUCGCACCGCUAAAAGGAAACUAAGAUACUGCAAUCAGAGGAAUAGCUUUACUGCUUAAUGAUGACCAUGUGAAGAUAUUUGUUAGCAUAAUCAUUCUCAGAGCAUAUAUAUCUGUGACUGAACACAUCAAAUGUUGCCGUUUUAUAUUCCUUUAUUGAGUGUUUCUUGGAAGUGGUGAAUAUUGUCACAUGUCUUGUUUUAUCUUUUCUUCUAAGAACUGAUCUAUAAUGGACUAUGGUGUUUCUCACCAUGCCAUCAGCAUCAGCCAUCCAGUUGAACAAUACUGAAAUGUGUGAACUGUUGCUUUCAUUAUUACCAGAUCUCAAGAAUAUGCCCCAUUCUACCUUUGAGGUCACUUGGAUGCGGAUCUGAACAUGCUGUAUAUAUAAAUCUCAUGUAGUGUCUUUAUUACGGACAUGAAAGGCAAAUUAUGCAGUACGUCAAUAAUAAGAUAUUAUCUAAGAUGUGGCGUGUGAAUCAUUCUUGUGAGCUCUAAUGAAGAAGUUAACAAAAUGUAUCAGGCAACCAUAAGACAUUAACAUGUAAUUUAUCACUGCGAUUCAUGAAAGGUUGUUUGGAUGAUCUAAUUAAACAAUUAUAUAUUAAAUAAUA